AUGACACUAUCUUUCUUCUCUGAGAUUGUCUUGAUAACAGAAUCCACACAGUUAAUCGACCCUGCAGUGAAGGGAACUCUUAAUGUUCUUAAGUCAUGUGCGAAAUCGCCAUCUGUCAAACGCGUUGUUAUAACUUCUAUUGCAUCUGUUGUAUAUAAUGGAAGGCCCAGAACUCCUGAAGUUGUAGUUGAUGAGACAUGGUUUUCAAAUCCAGAUUUAUUAUGGGAACAAAAGCUUGAUGCAGGUUCAGAAACAUAUAGAACUGCUGCUUUCAGAUGGAUCAACGUGAAGGAUGUUGCAAACGCCCAUAUUAAUGCAUAUGAAGAUGCUUCAGCAAGUGGAAGAUAUUGCUUGGCCGAAAGAGUGAUGCAUUUCUCUGAACUUGUAACUUCAGCAUUAAUCCAGAUUCCAACAUCUCAUAUCAUGAUUAUAAACAUGGGCGGGUGUGCAGACGAUAAACUUUUUAUGCAAACAUUUCAAGUUUCCAAAGAAAAGGCGAAGACCUUGGUAAUUGAUUUUAUUCCCCUGGAAAUGAGCCUCAAAGAGAUCAUAGAAAGUUUCAAAGAAAAAAAGUUUGCUAGUAUGAUAUUUCAUUGA